GAAAGUAUUGAGAGCAUGACAGUCAUCCAUCAAGAAGAAGGUAGGAAAAUUUCUUUUACCAUGGCGACACUGAGAUACUUUACAUCAUGCAGGUACAUGAGCCUGGCCUCGACGUUAGUGAGACCGACAGAAAACCCCGCAAGCAAUAUCUCAACCGGUCAAGCAUGGGUCGCAAGAAGGGGCGUGGCCGAAGUGGCCGAGGGGAGGAGCGAGAGGGUCAAAUGGCUCUGGGAAGCGGAUGCCGGCGAGGUUGCGAUCGCCGUAGGACACACCCAGGGCAGCAGGAUGACGGGAGGGAUCUACACGCUGAACACGGUGGAGCCUUUGCGUCCUGAACACGUAGAGAAAGCACUGGUCCACUUGCAGAGACAAAGCCAAGCACUCCGAGGUGUCAUAAAAGAAAAAGAUGGAAAAUACUGGAUUUGCGAAAGUGACCAAGAUGAAAUAAAAUUCGAGGUGCUGGAGGGCGGUGACGUCAAGGAGGAGAUGCAGAGCUUCACCAACACGCCCGUCGGCUACGACCAGGCCCCCCUGUGGCGCGCCGUCUUCAUGUCUGGCGCCGACAACAGCGUCAGUGGCGCUAGGUCUUCCCACCUGAAGGAGGUCCGGGAGAGGUUCCCUCAUCAGAGCUGCCUCGCCAUACCCGUCCACCACGCCUUCAUCGGUGGUCCGACGAUGCCCUUGAUCAUCCAGAGGCUCGUGGAGCUGCUCAACGCCGUCAUCGCAGGCCGCCCCAUCGACGACUCGCGGCAGAUCGGAGAGCUGGUGCCGUCGACGGAGAUCGACGCGGCGAAGCGAAGGAUCCGCGAGGAGUUCGAGAGGGACCCGGCGCGUCUGGAGGCCAUGAAGGAGGAGAUGCUGGCCUGCGACUCUGAGCCGGUCCUGCUGAAGGCGUUUCCGAGGCCUGGGGGCGCGCCCUCCUCCGGCCACGUCUUCAGGGACGUCAGCCCGGCGCUCCUUCAGAAGUUCACCGCCAAGUGCAAGUCCGAGGGCGUGACGUUCAACAGCGGGCUGCAGGCGGCCAUCAACACGGCUCUGGUGGAGACUGUGGCGGAGGCCGGCCUGCAGCAGGACGCCUUCAGCCUCAGCAUCAACCUCGCCACCGACGUCCGCCGUUACAUGAGCAGGAACCCCCUGCAGGUGCUGGGCCUGCACGUGCGUCCGACUGUGCACCGCGUGGUCACACCCGCACGCGUGCGCGACCACUUCUGGCACUAUUGCAGGGCCUUGCACGGCGCCCUCGCGGGCCUGAUCCGGUCCGGCUUGGCGCUGCAGCAGGAGGUGGUGCGUGAGAUGACUCAGCCGCCUGUUGACCCACACCGAUACUACAUGACACCCCCGCCAGUGCUCAGGGACUACGGCCUUGCUAGCCUGGGCGACCUCACCCCGCUGCUCAGGGGGGAGGGCGACCACCUCCAGCUGACGGACAUCCUCAUGGCCUCAUCUGCUCACCGCUUCCUGUACAUGAUGCUUCAUCAGAUCUACACAUUCCGCGGUCACUCUCCUUACUCCGUCAGCUAUGACACGUCCUACAUGACUCACGAUACAGCCAACUUGAUUGCAGACAAAGUGUUAGCAACAAUUACGGAUGUUAGCAAAUAGCCGGCUGUCUCAUUCCUUUGACUGAUCUAUUUAUUGUCCUUUUGAUUUUUUUUUCAAUUUUCUGUGACGAACGGUAAAGUUAUCAAUAACAACCGUGAUUUACAUUCCCACAAUAACUGUGGAUGUUAGUAAAUAACUGUUACUAUUUA